AUGGAGCCGGGAGCAGACGGAUCGCGGAAACGGGCUGCUCCUCGGGCGGGCUCGGGGUUCCGGCUCCCCUUCCUCUUCUUUUGGAAAUUACGGCCAGGCUCUUCCAAAUACCCGACACCUUCCGCCAGGGAAAACCCCGAGGACCCCAAACUGGCUUCGUCUCCCCAGCCCGAGGUUCGGACCAGCUACUGGAUGAAGCUGCUUUCCCAACUUUUUGCGCCGCUCCCUAGCUUGUUGCAGAAGCUGCUGAUUUGGAGCCAGCUUUUCGGUGGGAUGAUUCCUACCAGAUGGCUGGAGUUUGUUGGAGGUUACAGCGUCCUGAGAGCUCUGAGGGGGCGGGAGGAACCUGCCAUCCCCACCGCCCAGAAAUCUGUGAGUUCGUUGCGGCUCGGCCCCUUGGACGACUCGGCUGCCAGCCCCCUUGAUUGGUUAGAGGAGGGGAUCCAUUGGCAAUGCUCACCCUCAGAUCUGGACUUGGCACAUGAAGCCAAGAAAAAUGCUUUGGACCCUGCCCCACACGCUCUCUUGUUAGAACAGCAGCUGUGGAGAGUGGAGCUGUUGCCUAGUAGCUUUGGAGCCCGGCUUUUCUCUGACCAGGAACUUGGCUCUUCGCCCUCAGAGGCUUUCAACAUUCAGCAGUUAAGCAACUUCGACGUAGUUUCUUACUUGCUGAACCCCUCCUACUUGGACUGCCUUCCUGGAAUAGAGCUCAGUUAUCAGAACAGGGUGGCAAGUGGCCAGCUCGUUGAUUACCAGACACUGACUCCAGAGAGCUGCCUGACUGAUGACCAUUGUUACCCCCAGCCGCUUAAUGCAGAGGUCACUGAAGCCUCGUGGCAGGGAUGUCCACCUUCUUCUAGAGAAGGCCUGCCCGAAGUCCACCAUCUUCGCAUGAAACGACUGGAAUUCUUGCAGCAGGCUAGCAAAGGGCAAGCAUUACCCACCCCUGACCAAGAUCAUGGCUACCACAGCCUGGAGGAGGAGCACAACCUUCUUCGGAUUGAUCUGAAACACUGCGGAGAGAGUCCACCACAGUUGGUUUCCCCUGUGGAGGCUAUUCCUGGCACCUCCCAGGAAGUCACCAAGGAAAACAUAGAAUUGUUGACUAAAGAGGUCCCACUUGCUCUAGAAAAGCAGGACCCUUUUGAAAGCUGUCCGUCUUGGGAAGUGUCUGUAGAUAAAGAAUCUGAAGAGGACCAAGUUAGUGAGGUUGACUACUCAGACAUAGAAGAUGACCUUCCCAUGUCUACCAGACCAGCUUGUAGUAACAAAGUGAUCGAUUACAUUUUGGGAGGUGUGUCCAGUGACCUAGAGUCAAGUUCUGAUUCCCAAGGUGAGGAUUGGGAUGAGGAAGCGGAGGAUGAUGGUUUUGACAGUGAUAACUCACUUUUGGAGUCAGAUCUUGACCAAGAUGCUGAAGGACUUCAUCUUUGGAACUCUUUCUACAGUGUAGAUCCUUAUAAUCUCCAGAACUUUACAGCAACAAUUCAGACUGCAGCCAGAAUUGGUCCUGGAGACCCUUCUGAUUCAGAGAAGGAUCUUUCUGACAAAUCUGAUCUAGAGAAUUUUCCCCAGACUGAAAGAAGCAUUCCUGAGUCUCUUGACCAGAGUUCUGGAGAGGAAGAUGACUGGGAAUCUAGUGCAGAUGAGGCUGAGAAUCUCAGACUAUGGAACUCUUUCUGUAACUCUGAUGACCCCUAUAACCCUUUGAACUUUAAGGCUCCCUUUCAAACAUCAGGGAAAAAUUGGAAAGGCCACCAUGACUCAGAGAGACCAUCUGAGUCCCUUGUGGCUAUUUCUGAGUGUCACACCUUAUUUUCUUGUAAGGUGCAGCAUUUAGAGAGUCAAGGAAAUGAUUGUCCAGAGUUGGUACACUGCCAGCUUCUUUAUGGGGAAAGACACAGGCAUAUCAAAAGAAAAAAGGUAACCUUUCUUGAAGAAGUUACUGAGUAUUAUAUAAGUGGUGAUGAAGAUCGCAAAGGACCCUGGGAGGAAUUUGCACGGGAUGGAUGCAGGUUCCAGAAACGAAUUCAAGAGACUGAAGAUGCUAUUGGAUAUUGCUUGACAUUUGAGCACAGAGAAAGGAUGUUUAAUAGACUCCAAGAAACAUACUUCAAAGAACUUAAUGUUUCCAAGUAA